CUCGCGUCCGGGGCGAAGUGGCGGUGGCUGCAGCGGCCGCGGCGGGCGUGCUCACUCGCGCCGCGCGAUGCCGGCCGCACGCGUGGAGUACAUCGCGCCCUGGUGGGUGGUGUGGCUGCACAGCGUCCCGCACCUCGGCCUGCGUCUGCAGCGCGUGGACAGCACCUUCAACCCCCGCGAGGAGAGUUACCAGGAGUCACUGCUGCUCCUGGGGCUGGUGGCCGCCGUCUGCCUGGGGCUGAACCUCAUCUUUCUCGUGGUUUACCUGGUCUGCGUGUGCUGCUGCAGGCAGGAUGACACGGUGCAGACCAAGCAGCGCAACUCCUGCUGUGUCACCUGGAUGGCCGUGGUGGCCGGGCUCGUCUGCUGUGCUGCAGUGGGCGUUGGUUUCUAUGGAAACAGCGAGACCAACGAUGGGGUGCACCAGCUGAUCUACUCCUUGGACAACGCGAACCACACCUUCUCUGGGAUCGAUGACCUGGUGUCCAGAACCACCCAGAAGAUGAAGGUGGACCUAGAACAGCACCUGGACCGGCUCAGUGAGAUCUUUGCCACCCGGGGCGAUUACAUCCAGACACUGAAGUUCGUGCAACAGAUGGCCAGCAGCGUCAUUGCCCAGCUGUCAAGGGUGCCCGUGUGGAGGGACGUCACAGCUCAGCUGACCGAGCUGGCUGACCAGACUAGCUACGUGGAGUACUACAGGUGGCUCUCCUACCUCCUGCUCUUCGUCCUCGACCUGAUCAUCUGCCUCAUUGCCUGCCUGGGACUGGCCAAGCACUCCAAGUGUCUCCUGGCCUUGAUGCUGUGCUGUGGGAUGCUGGCCCUGCUCCUCAGCUGGACGUCCCUGGCCGCUGACUCCGCUGCAGCAGUGGGCACCAGCGACUUCUGCGUGGCUCCUGAUACCUUCAUCCUGAACAUCACAGAGGGCCAGCUCAGCACAGAGGUGACCCGUUACUACCUGUAUUGCAGUCAGAGCGUAAGCAGCCCGUUCCAGCAGGCACUGACCUCCUUCCAGCGCUCGCUGACCACCAUGCAGAUCCAAGUCGUGGGCCUGCUGCAGUUUGCCGUGCCCCACUUCCCCACGGCAGAGAAAGAUCUGCUCAGAAUCCAGCUCCUGUUGAACUCUACAGAGUCCAGCCUUCACCAGCUCACAGCCUUGUUGGAUUGCCGAGGGCUGCACAAGGACUACCUGGAUGCCCUCGGGGGCGUCUGCUAUGAUGGCAUCGAAGGCUUGCUCUACCUGGGCCUCUUCUCCCUCCUGGCCGCCCUCGCCUUCUCCACCAUGAUUUGCGCGGGGCCUCGGGCCUGGAAGCAUUUUACCACCAGGGACAGAGACUAUGAGGAUAUCGAUGAUGACGACCCCUUCAAUCCCCAAGCCCGGCGCAUCGCGGCCCACAACCCGCCUCGGGGGCAGCUUCACAGCUUCUGCAGCUACAGCAGUGGCCUGGGCAGCCAGACCAGCCUGCAGCCCCCGGCCCAGACCAUCUCCAACGCCCCCGUCUCGGAGUACAUGAACCAAGCCAUGCUCUUCGGCGGGAACCCACGCUACGAGAACACGCCACUCAUCGGAAGAGGCUCCCCUCCUCCCACGUACUCUCCCAGCAUGAGGGCCACCUACCUAUCCGUGGCUGAUGAACACCUGUGGCCCUACAGGAAUGAGCUUCCCGCCUAACACACUUUCAGAGGUUCCUGCCUCCUGGAUCCAUUUUGUUUUUUAAUUAAUCCAAAUGAAAGCUGCGUUUCUUCAAU